AUCUGUAAAGUCAUGUGACUCAUCACAGCAUCAGAAUAGACAAGAAUUCACUGUGAGCUUCACAUCUCAUUACAGCUAAUGGACCAAUCAAAUCAGUCCACAGCUUCAAAACAUCCAAUCAGGCGUGAGUCUGGACCUGGUUUUCUACUGAACACACAAGUUCAUUACCUCACUAUCACUUUGUCUAAACAGGAACGAUGAUCACACUCUUUGUGGCUCUUUACUCUCUGCUUUGUCUCUGCACAACUGGAAACACUUCUGACAUCAAGGAGCCUCACGUAAAAACAGUAAAGCUGGGAGAAAAUGUAACAAUGGAGUGUAACGUUAGUGGGAAUAAAGAUAAUGUAUUUUGGUACAGACAGAGAUUCGGAGAAAUGCCUCAGUUUUUAGCGAAACCAUACAAGGACGCUAAGGGCUACACAUUUGCAAAGGAAUUUAAUGAUAGACGCUUCAGUGUUACUGUAAAUGGCAGUAAAUUUGAUCUCAACAUUAAUGGAACUAAUAAAAGUGACAGAGGAGACUAUCUCUGUGUAAAUCUUGACGGAACUACACCAAAGUUCACAUCUGGAACACGUCUGCAGUUUGAAGGUGAAGAGAUGAAACCCUGUCCUACACCUGGAACACUUAACAAGAACACACACUCUGUUACACACCAGGGUUCAAACAGCAGAGAUGAAGAAGGUGCUUCAUCAAACAACCAUCAAACUCCCACCAAUCAGGCUGAUGAUGAAGAUGUCUUGAACUAUGCAGCUGUGAGUUUUGCUAAGAAACCUUCAUCCUCCAGAACAUCCAGAGACACGAGCCAUCAAGACGUUUAUGCACAAGUUAAGAUAAAAUAA